CGCGCCACAGAGGGACGAGCCCUAGCGCCCCCCGCCCCCUCCUGCCCCCCCCCCCCCCCCCGGCCCUCCAGCUGGUGUCCUCGGGGCCGUCGCGGUGGUGAGUGCGGCUGGCAGGGAGACGGCGGCUGGCUCGUGUCUCCGGCCAGGUGGGAGCGGAGCGGUUGAAAGGUGAAGGCCGUCGCUGCCUCCUCCUCCUCCUCCUCCUCCUCCUCCUCCUGCUCCUCCGCCUCUUCCCUCCUCCCCCUCCCUCUCUCCCCCGUCUGACCAGCCGGGCAGCCAGUCGACUAGCAGGUUAGCAGCCUGGGCCAGAGGAGCUCCUGGAGAAGAGGCUCCCGGGCUUCCUGCCGCCGCCCAGGCCCCCACCUAGGAAGGGAGCCCCCGAGCGAGCCAGCGAUCGGCAAGGAUGGAGGUCAGAGGGCAGCUCAUCAGCUCCCCGAGCUACAAUUGCCCAGCACUGCCCCUGGAAGAGACUCCCCCAGCGAAGGUGGAGAGGCUGCGGGUGCUGCUGGAACGGCAUCGAGGACUGCAGGAGACCCUCACAUUGAAGCUUCGAGAACUCCGAAGGGUCUGCCUGCUAGAAGCGGAGCUGACAGGCCGGCUGCCGGCUGAGUACCCCCUGGAGCCUGGGGAGCAGCCUCAUCCCAUCCGGCGCAGGGCUGCCCCUGUCCCCCUGCCACCCUGGGGACUCUGCCCCUCUGGGGUGCUAGCACUGGAGUCACUCGAGAGAGAAGUAUCGGUUCAGAGGCAGAUUGCCACAGCUGCCAGACGGCUAGCACUGGCCCCAGAGUUGAGUUUGGAGCAGCAGCGGCGCCGGCGGCAAGUACAGGCAGAUGCGUCACAGAGACUUCUGGACCUGGAAGAGCAGCUGAGGGCCAGCCGGGCUCAUCUGGGCCUUCCGCUCACCCUGCUUCCUGGCCAGACCCAGCCUCCACCGGGCCACGGAGGUCCCAGCCUUCCUGGGCUCAGGACCCGAGUGGCCCAGCUUAGCCAAGAUGAUGCUUCCCGCUCAGAGAGCAGCUCCCUCUCAGAGUCCGCCAGCCAUGAGAAUGAGGAUUCCCAUAGUGAGAGGCCUUCACUCCCAAAAGCCAGGGACCAGUUGCGAGUAUCGGUGUCAGCAGGAGGCAGCCCUGAGCGUCGACCAGCCUGGAAGGCAACACCCCCUCCACCAGUGGUGGAGCUCUAUGGAGACCCAAAGAGUCGCCGCAACUCUGUGGCCAGCCCUACCAGCCCCACAAGGACUCUUCCCAGGAGCAUAUCCAGCUUCGAAGGCAGAAGUGUUCCUGCCACACCUGUCCUGGCUCGGGGCCCUGCAGCCCAGCUCUGUAGGCUGGAGGGCCUUCACUCCCGACAAUGGUCUGGCAGCCAGGACUCACAGAUGGGCUUUCCACACACGGAUGGCCCCUGGGAGAGGGCCUUCCUGCUCUCUGGCCGAACCCGGCGAAGCAACAGUUCUGAGGCCCUGCUGGUUGAUCGAAGCACUGGGAUCUCUGGCUUCGCGUGUGCUCGCCUACCCCCAGAAGGGCCCCCAGCAUCCCCACCGUGCCAAAGCAACGAAAGUAUUUUUGAACGACCAGCUCCAAUGCCACCCUUGGCUUUCUCUUCUCGAACAGCUGGGCCUCCAGAUCUUCCCCGGGCUGCCCGACCUAGCUCAGCUGCCCCACCAGCUCCCCGAGGGAGGCCCUUGCCAGCCUAUAGUGACCUGCUACUGGAUUACUACUUGGCUCGAGGUGGACAAUGCUGGACUGAGGGCCCAAGCCACCUUUCCCACAGGGAUGGUCUCUUUGUUGUCUUUCCUCCAGCUCCCUCAGCACUUCACGGGAAUGGCGGAGGUGGCAUUGGCAGCCCCCUCCUUCGAGCCAAGGAUCUGGCACCCCAUGGAGGCCCUGGGCGUGGGCUAACCAGCCGUACCAAAUCUGAUGAUGGGGGCCCACUGCCUGGAUCCUUCUGGGCAGGCCCUGGGCCAACCCGUUACCAUAGUCAGCCAGACCAGGCUGAUCUCCGUGGUGGUCACAAGGCCCUGGCCCUGGAAGGCCUCCGGGACUGGUAUAUUCGAAAUGUGGGCUCAACAGGAGGGGGUGCUAUGACGGGUCUUCACCCCUCAGCCCGGGGCUUCUUUCCAGAGGGCCAGGCCUUGCAUCCCUCCCCAUUCUCCUUGCAUCACUCUAGUUCUCCCCAAGGCCUCCUACUGCAUACUGCCCAUGGCCAUGAGGCUGGCCCUGAGCCGUACCUGGGCUAUGCUGGAGUGGCUUUGCCUUCGGUGGCGGCAGCGGCAGCCCUACCUCACUCCCUCAGCUUCACAGCACCUCCUGCCUCUGGCAGACACUACGCAGACUUCCUGUACCCCCCAGAGCUGAGCUCCCAUUUAAGUGACCUGGCAUUGGAGGGAGAUCGGCCCCUGGACUCAGAUCCUCGAACCCCAGGGACGUUGGUCUGACCCUUCUACCCCUGGAGACACUGGUCUGACAUCCACCCUGGGGUUGCUAGUCGGGAUUUGUAAUGGCCCCCCCCCCCCCCGCAUGGAACCCAGUGAUGCUGCUUUGGCAUCCUUGUCCUGAACCCUGGGAACAUUGUUCUGACCCUCCUCAGUCCCAUUUGAACACAGCCACCCAUUACUCCCAACCCACUGCUCCCCAUACCCAUUUCUCAUUUGAUGGGAGCUGUGCAAGGCCCCUACCUCGCUUUUCUCUCUGCUCUGAGGAAGAGAACUUCAGACUUUGUGGCUAUUGAUCUGUGGGGCUGGCCCCAUGUUGGGGAGGGGAGCUAGAGUUCUAGACCAGCAGGGGGUGGGGGGCGGGACAGGAACUGGGAUUUCAGCUAACCCAUUUUCCUCUUGUUUCCUUCUUUCAUUGACAUCAGGCCUUCAGAUGUUAGCAAGUGCCAGGCUCCACCCCACUGGUUUGGGGGCAGGGGGUAGCUCUCGACUUUGGGAAUAGAGGAUUUCUCGACAAGGCAAGCUGGCACUCAGUCUUCCAGUCCUCUUCACACUUCUCUCUUCUCCUGCAUCUUAGCCUCUUUUGGCCUCAUCCUGGAUGUCAGGGGAAGAAGGCCAAGCAGCCACCAGAGGUCCCUUGCAUAUUGACUGUGAAGAUAUUGGGCGGUGGAGGUGGCACGUGAAGCUACCUUGGGGGGACCUGUGCUUUCAGCCCCCCUCAGCCCCUACCCUGAGGGGUAGAGCGUAAGGACGCAGAGUCCAGGGCCCAGAGCCAUUCCUUUCCUCCCACCCAAGAUAAGACUUUCCAUUAUUCCAAUGGGAGCAGUGACAAGUGUGUUUUACACAUGCUUGUUCCACAUCUCCAGUUUUCUGAAGAGGAGGCUGAAGGUCUCCCCAUCUCUGACAGAUCCAGAUCCUCUCCUUUCUUUUCUUUGGAGGGGGUGGGGAGUAUGGAUUUUCCCAGCCUCUGGCUGGCAUCAACACUGGAACACUAGGAAGGGGUUUCUAUAAUAAACAGGUGAAUGGUA